AGCAGGUGAUGGCCACCGCCCAUCUACCCUCCCCCUAACCACACACACUCUAGAUAGGCACUCUUUCCCCCGUUCUUCUAACCCUCCAAACAGGAAAUAGGUUGAGUCACAACAAUACCCAGGAACGGCCGGUGGCCGAGGUCACUGGCUCCCGCCUGCUGGGGCAGCCCGCGGCACUCCGCCUCCGGACAGGCGCUGCCUGCGCUGUGCCGCCCGACGCCGGGGACCGUCGCCUCCUGCGCUCUGACUCUGCUGGCUGCCGCCACCCCCCUUCUCCAGGGCACGGAGUCCUGCCUUACUCUCUUCUCCCUGUGAGUGGGACUGGUACCCAGGCUACAGCUCCAGACCGAAGCACUCAGCAGCUCACAGACCGGUAUCCACCUACAGCCUGCUCUCCCAGGGCCCAGGCAUGGAGGAGGUGAUAUGGGAGCAGUACACCGUGACGCUGCAGAAGGAUUCUAAAAGAGGAUUUGGAAUUGCAGUGUCGGGAGGCAGAGACAACCCCCACUUUGAAAAUGGGGAGACGUCAAUCGUCAUUUCAGAUGUGCUCCCAGGUGGACCUGCUGAUGGCUUGCUUCAAGAAAACGACAGGGUGGUCAUGGUCAACGGCACUCCCAUGGAGGAUGUGCUCCAUUCAUUUGCCGUUCAGCAGCUUAGGAAAAGUGGGAAAGUUGCAGCCAUCGUGGUCAAGAGGCCCCGGAAGGUUCAGGUGGCCCCGCUGCAGGGCAGCCCCCCUCUCAGUCAUGAUGACCGAGGUUUUGAAGUGAUUGAUGAAUUUGAUGGCAGAAGUUUCCGCAGCGGCUACAGUGAGAGGAGCCGGCACAGCAGCCAUGAUAUGCUCAGUCACAGCUGGGACGACAGCAGGGAGAGGGGGCGAGCUCAUCAGCGCACACAGAGCCGGGAGCGGGAGCGCAGCCGUGGCCGGAGUCUCGAACGUGGCCUGGACCACGAAGACUAUGGGCGCAGCCGCGAGCGCAGCCGUGGCCGGAGCCUGGAGCGCGGUCUGGACCAUGACACUGUGUCCCGGGACCACAGCCGUGGCCGUAGCAUCGACAGGGACUACGACCGAGACUAUGAGCGCUCCUAUCAUCAAACCUAUGACCCUGACUACGAAGGUGGCUACAGCCCAUCAUAUGACCGUAGAGCCCAUCCAGAGACCCGCUAUGAACGGAGCCGCAGCCGAGAACACCUACGUUCCCGAAGCCCCAGCCCCGAGUCUAGGUCCCGGCAGGAACACAAGGGCCAACAUGAUCCCGACAGGCCCAUCGGGGUCCUUCUGACGAAAAGCAAAGCAAAUGAAGAGUAUGGGCUCCGGCUCGGGAGUCAGAUCUUCAUCAAGGAAAUGACCAGAACAGGAUUGGCAACCAAAGAUGGCAACCUUCAUGAGGGGGACAUAAUUCUCAAGAUCAAUGGAACUGUUACUGAGAACAUGUCUCUAACGGAUGCUCGGAAGCUAAUAGAAAAGUCUCGAGGAAAACUGCAGCUUGUGGUGUUGAGAGACAGCAAGCAGACCCUCAUCAACAUCCCAUCCCUAAACGACAGCGACUCUGAAGUGGAGGAUAUCUCAGAAAUAGAGUCCAACCGAUCUUUUUCUCCAGAGGAGAGACGCCAGCAGUAUUCUGAUCAGGAUUAUCAUUCCUCCUCCGAGAAGCUGAAGGAGAGGCCGAGCUCAAGAGAGGAGACCUCAGGCAGACUGUCCAGGAUGGGUGCCACACCCACACCGUUCAAGUCCACGGGGGACAUCUCGGGUGUUACAGAGGCCAACAAGGAGCCCAGGUACCAGGAGGAAUCCCCAGUUCCUCAACCCAGAACAGCUCCAAGAAGUUUUCUUCGUCCUAGUCCCGAAGAUGAAGCAAUAUAUGGCCCUAACACCAAAAUGGUGAGGUUCAAGAAGGGGGACAGCGUGGGCCUCCGGUUGGCUGGUGGAAAUGAUGUCGGGAUAUUUGUGGCUGGCAUUCAGGAGGGCACCUCCGCAGAGCAGGAGGGCCUACAGGAAGGAGACCAGAUUCUGAAGGUGAACACACAGGAUUUCAGAGGGCUAGUCCGGGAAGAUGCGGUCCUCUACCUGUUAGAAAUCCCCAAAGGUGAAACUGUGACCAUUUUGGCUCAGAGCCGAGCAGAUGUGUAUAGAGACAUCCUGGCUUGCGGCAGGGGAGAUUCGUUUUUCAUAAGAAGCCACUUUGAAUGUGAGAAGGAAACUCCACAGAGCCUGGCCUUCACCAGGGGAGAGGUCUUCCGAGUGGUAGACACACUGUAUGAUGGCAAGCUGGGCCACUGGCUGGCUGUGAGGAUCGGAAAUGAACUGGAGAAAGGCCUAAUCCCUAACAAAAGCAGAGCUGAGCAGAUGGCCAGUGUCCAGAAUGCCCAGCGAGAGAAUGCCGGGGACAGAGCAGACUUCUGGCGGAUGCGUGGCCAGAGAUCUGGGGUCAAGAAGAACAUCCGUAAGAGCCGGGAAGACCUGGCGGCUGCUGUAUCCGUUAGCACCAAGUUCCCUGCUUACGAGAAGGUUCUGCUUCGGGAAGCUGGCUUCAAGAGACCCGUGGUUCUCUUUGGCCCCAUAGCAGACAUAGCAAUGGAAAGGCUGGCAAAUGAGUUACCUGACCUGUUUCAAACCGCAAAAACAGAACCCAAAGAUGCAGGAUCUGAGAAAUCCAGUGGAGUGGUUCGCUUGAAUACUGUGAGGCAAAUUAUUGAGCAGGACAAGCAUGCCCUGCUUGACGUUACCCCCAAAGCCGUGGAUCUGCUCAAUUACACUCAGUGGUUCCCAAUUGUGAUUUUCUUCAACCCGGAUUCCAGACAAGGCAUUAAAACCAUAAGGCAGAGGUUGAGUCCAACAUCCAAUAAAAGUUCUCGAAAGUUGUUUGACCAAGCCAACAAGCUCAAAAAAACUUGUUCUCAUCUUUUUACAGCUACAAUCAACGUGAAUGCAGCCAACGACGGCUGGUUUGGCAGCUUGAAGGACAGCAUUCAGCAGCAGCAAAGUGAAGCAGUCUGGGUCUCUGAAGGAAAGAUGGAAGGGAUGGAUGAUGACGCUGAAGACCGCAUGUCCUACUUAACCGCCAUGGGCGCGGACUAUCUGAGUUGUGACAGCCGUCUCAUCAGUGACUUUGAAGAUACCGACGGCGAGGGAGGCAUCUACACUGACAAUGAGCUGGAUGAGCCAGCCGAGGAGCCGCUGGUGUCUUCCAUCACCCGCUCCUCUGAGCCGGUGCAGCACGAGGAGGCCAGAAACCUGAACAGAGAAGACUCCUACGACUACUCCAAGUCAAACCUCUCUGCCACGGCUGGCAGUGAAAUCCCGGGGGGUUCUACCAGAGGCGGUCCUCCCCCUGUUGCAGUGAAGCCUGCCUUUGGGCGAUCCAUCCUGAAACCUUCCACUCCAGUUCCUAUGCCUGAGAGUGAGGAGGUUGGGGAGAGCACCGAGGAGCAGGAAGAUGCUCCCAGAUCAGUCCUGGGCAGAGUGAAAAUAUUCGAGAAGAUGGACCACAAGGCAAAAUUACAGAGGAUGCAGGAGCUCCAGGAAGCACAGAAUGCAAGGAUCGAAAUAGCACAGAAGCACCCUGACAUCUAUGCGGUCCCAAUCAAAGCCCCCAAGCCAGAUACCGGCCUGCCGCCGCACAUGAGUUCUAGACCCCCAGAGCCUCAGAAAGCUCCUUCCAGACUUUACCAGGACACCAGAGGAAGCUACGGCAGUGACCCCGAGGAGGAGGAGUACCGCCAACAGUUGGCAGCACACUCGAAGCGUGGUUACUACAGCCAGCCCUCCCGGUACCGAGACACAGAACUAUAGAGGUCUAAGCGUGGACUCCUGCGAGGCCACCUGGAGGAGAUCUUCUCCAGUUAAAAUGCACUGCAGAGAUACGGUGGGGACCCAGGCACCAGACAGCACAAGUUAUCAACUGAAGGCUCUGUUUGUGGGACUGGAGUAAAGUUGAUUAUGACAUUUUGAAUGAAGAGAAACACUACAGUCUGAUAACUGUUACUUGCUUUGGUGUGGACCAAAAUCUGUAUUAAUCUCUCUGUAUUUUUAAUAUGUAUAUUGAGCAAUAACUAUUUUUCCUCCAUUCAUAGCUGCCUUCCAGCACUGCUUCAAUGUGAAGCAAAUGAACAAGGAGUGAAGAAAGUACUGUCUCAAACUAAAUUCAGAAGUAUUUUAUCACCACUCUCUAAGUGCCUUUGACAAGAUGUGUCUUACACUUGCUUCCUUGAAGCUUUCUGCAAAGCUAUAAUGGACUAAAACUUUAUUUUGACUAAAUUUUUAUACCACUUUAGCAGCUGUAACUGCCCCCUGUACCAUGCCACCUUUUCAGGGCAUUGUCUUUGUAGUAUUUUCCAUAAAUUCUGACUGUACAUAGGACAGCUACACUUGGGAGUGUGGCUAUCGGUUCUGCGUAGCUCGGAGGCCACGACUUUAGAGUGUCAUUGUUUGUCUAAAACCACGUGCUCCACAAAGGUAGAGACUUGAAGAAAGGGUAUUUUAUUUCCUUUAUAUCAGCAUAUGUACUGACAUCAGGUGGUUUUAUAAUUUAAUAAAAAGGAGUACCUCGUAGUCAAGAAUGAGCUCUGUGCUGAAUCUCCACAUACCUCUUCUGGGCAGUGUGGGGUGGCACCUAAGAUCCUCACGCAUUCAGAGUGCUGCUCCACCACUAAACUGUACCCUAGUCUUCCUGAUUUAUUUUAUUUUAAUUAAAAAAGACUUUUAAAAAACUG